GGGGGCGCCGGAGCGAAGCCCCCCGUGAUCGCCGUGGGAUCCCCGCGGGGUGCGGGAUGGACACGUCGGAGCCGGGCAGCGCGGCCGAGGAGGAUGAGGAGAAGGCGCCCGAGCCGCGGCCCCGGACCCGCUCGAACCCCGAGGGCGCCGAGGACCGGGCGCUGAGCGCCCAGGCCAGCGUGGGCAACCGCAGCGAGGGCGAGGGCGAGGCCGCCAGCGCCGACCACAGCCCGCAGGGCACCGCCGGCCCCGACGGCACCGCCUGGCCCGGCCCUGCCGCGCCCACCGAGGUGCAGGUGAAGACCCCCCGCGUGAACUGCCCCGAGAAGGUGAUCAUCUGCCUGGACCUGGCCGAGGAGAUGGCAGUGCCCAAACUGGAGUCCUUCAACGGGUCCAAGACCAACGCGCUGAACAUCUCCCAGAAGAUGAUCGAGAUGUUCGUGAGGACCAAGCACAAGAUCGACAAGUGCCACGAGUUCGCGCUGGUGGUGGUGAACAACGACGCCACGUGGCUCUCAGGGUUCACCUCGGACCCCCGCGAGGUUUGCAGCUGCCUCUACGACCUGGAGACCGUCGUCUGCAAGUCCUUCAAUCUGGAAGGACUCUUCAACCUGAUCCAGCAGAAGAUCGAGCUGCCGGUGACAGAGAACGUCCAGACCAUCCCCCCGCCCUACGUGGUCCGGACCAUCCUGGUGUUCGGGCGCCCCGGGUGCCAGCCCCAGUUCUCCAUGUCCGAGCACAUGAAGGGUUGUCCCUGGAAAAGCUCCCUGGUUCCCUUGCAGAAGAUGCUGCAGUGCCCCUACUUCUUCUUCGACGUGGUUUACAUCCACAACGGCCUGGAGGAGAAGGAGGAGGAGACGAGCUGGAAGGAGAUGUACGGCUUCUUCAGCAGCCUGGACACCAAGGGCACCAACUACAAGUACGAGGUGCCGCUGACGGGGCCGGCGGUGGAGCUGCACAACUGCAUGGCCAAGCUGCUGGCACACCCCCUGCAGCGCCCCUUCCAGAGCCACGCGGCCUACGGGCUGCUCGAGGAGGACGAGCCCCCCGAGGUCGAGGCCACCGUCUGAGCCCCUGGGGAGGGGGUGGGGGUGGCUGGGGAGGGGGUGUCGUGGCGUCUCCUGCGGGGUUUUGUUGGGACG